AUGGGCCACGGGCCAGCACGCACAGGCACGCUACCACUCGAUAUCACUGUGCAAAUUGCUAUCAUUGCUGCAUGGUCUGACAACGAGCACGAGCGGACUGUGGCGUACCGCCUCGCUCGCACGUGUCGUGCGUGGUGCCGCGCCUUGUUCACUGUCGUACUGCUACCACGUGUCGUGUUGCGCGGCGAAAAGCAUGUGCACCAGUUUGCAUACGUGCUCUCCGAAAAUCGAUGGGGUCUCCGUGAACUAGCCGCGCGAUGUACUCGCCAUGUUACAGUCGCGCCCGCCCGGCACGCACGGGCCCUCUUUGAUCCGGCCGUCCAUACGCGCCGGUUUACCGCCGCCAUCUACGAGCCCUUGCGCACCAUCUUGCAUAUCUGCACACACUUGUCGUCGCUGUGCCUACAUGCCGAGCCCAAAGCCCUUGCUCUCCAGCGUGGCAAUGUCCUUUCUGUCGACGGCGUACGUGCAGCCCUGCAGGAGGUCGUGUGCCUCCAGAGUCCUUGGGCAGGCGAUACCAACGAUACCCUGUGGUUCAGCUCUAUACCCGGCUUGGCGGCGGCACCGUGGCGGCGUCUCACGCAUCUACAGCUACACGGUCCGCGCUUCCGCAUGACACCACGCACAGCCGCGAGUCUGGCUUCGCUCCCUGCGCUCAGCCAUUUGGCGCUCAUCACGCCCCAUGUCGUCGAUGCGGCAGGCCACCGCAACGCGCAUGACGCUCUCCAGAUACUGCUAGAUGGGGCGUCGUCGCUUGAGCAGCUGCUGCUCGUGGGACACGAUGAGCUCCACUGGGUCGGCGCGGUGCGUCACUGGCGGGCGGCACUUGCACAGCUCGAACGCCCAGCGGGCGCGCCGCCUGUUACCAUCACGCUCGUCACGGCUGCGCGCCUUGAGUCAUCAGCAUGGGACCCUGUAUCGCGUGCACAUGCAUCCCUGUACAGCGAAUGGAUGCUGGCGCGUGCUCAGCAGGGGACACAUUGGGCGUUCCUCGAUAGCGACGCUCCGUGUACGGAUGGCGCGAUCGCAUACAAUGUCGAAACAUGGCUCGUGCCCACGCGGCCUGCUGCACAGCGCACGGCCGCCGUCGCUGCCUAA